AUUUAAGGUACUUGUCUUGGCUGAUAAGCAAUUGGUGCAGUUUCCAAUUCCAUGUCUAAAACGUUGCCACUUCUGCAACAUUGUUUAAAUGUCAGGAUGGUUUCAAUUUUGCGGAGAACCUGUUAGCAGUUUAUCAUCAAUUGGAUCACAGCCUCAAACAGCAUCAGAAGCUGAUCUGACUUACUUUUCUAGCUUAAAGGCUUCUCCUGCAACUGUUGGGGGGAAAGCUUCUCUCCAGCCCAAAAGAACGCCUGUCUCCAGUGAUGAAAUUGAGGCCAUUCUGUUUGCUUCAGAAGUCAAAAACCCAGCUUUGCCAUCCUGUUAUCCCACUGGAGCUUUUGUCUCUUCUGCUGGAACUGCAGAUGAUUCUUGUUCUAUGUUUCUGUUAAUCUCUUGGUGUGUAAACCCUUUUCUCCAUUACGGAGUCUUCUGCCUCCAUGAUCCAAGACGGGUCGAGCUUGGCAUUAAGUCACAAGAAACAGCUGUGUGGAUAUUGAGAAGGAAAGAUGACUUGCACAGACGGUUUUGCCCCAUGAUAUGGGAUCUCAAGAGAGGUCCUUGAGGGUUGGGAGAUUGAUGGAAGAAGCCAUGUUUUUCCAGAAUCCAGUUGAACCAGACAGAAAAAGCCAUUUGAGAAGAAAAAUCCAUUGCCCUGCUUUCUUGUUGACUUUUUACGUGCAAGGAAAUUUUGUUUUAGUUGGACUGUAACUCUGCAACUGUGCAACAAAUGAGCCCAUGAUUGGCUAGGCCCGUGGGACUAGAGACUGGGUUCAUUUUGGGCCUCAACUGUUUUCUCUU